AUGGCGGACGAMGAGGCAGCAUAUUAUCUGGAACAGGAUAGCGAUGACGAGUUUGAAUAUGAUGAGGUCCCUCUGGAGGAUGACUAUUCAGUCAGUGAGGGAGAUGAAGACUUGRACACUGCAGUGAAAACAAUACAAGAAAAAUCUACAGAUACUUUACUUACAAAAUCAGGACCUGUGUCAGCUUCAGUUAAAACUAGGCCUGAGGUAGUCGAAGACUUUGUGAGGAACUUCCUGGUCAAAAUGGGGAUGAACAGGACUUUGGAUUGUUUCCAAACCGAAUGGUAUGAAUUACUGCAAAAAGGUUUAUUAAAUGAGGAGGAAGUGCGUAUUGUACCUGACCUUUAUGUAAAAAAUCAACAGCUAGAUGAACUGGUUAAAAAUCUGAGACAGGAUGUUGAGAAAUAUAGAAGUGCUGCAGAAAAUGCACGUCAAACAUUUGUGAGACUGCGUAAGGAAAGAGACUUYCAUCGUAUGCACCAUAAAAGGGUUGUCCAAGAGAAAAAUAAGYUGAUCACAGAUAUCAAGAGAUUAAAAAAGCAUUAUGCUUCUUAUGAACCAACACUUGUAACCCUGAAGCAGAAGUAUGAGGUCGCAAUGAAGGAAAAGAUGCUGAGUAAGCUAGAGCGCGAUCGAGCAGUUGGACAGGUUGCUGGCUUGCAGUCCACCUUGACCCAAGUUGGCGGAACAMGAGAACUUAUACMAGAAGGAAGUGCUGGUCCUGAAAGAAAAAUCAAAGUGAAUCAAACACGUCCUCCACAAAGAACUGCUGAUAAUAAUAUAAUGCAAACUGCAGAAAAGAGGCAUCCCAAGGACUCAGAAUUUCCAGUUGACACCCGUGUCAAUCCAAUGCUCAACUUCCACAAGGGACCRUCAGCUCAYUUAACAAGAUCUGGAGGUUUUCGUCUUACUCAUACAAUAAACUCACAUAGUAUGCCAGUUAGUGGUCUUGCUCUUCAUCCUCGCAAACAAAUUCUUGCAACAGUCAGCGAUGAUAAGUCAUGGAAGAUGUGGGCCAUACCAAGCGGGGAGAUCAUUAUGACUGGUGAAGGACAUAAAGAUUGGAUCUCUGACUGCGACUUUCAUCCAGGUGGUACUCGUCUUGCAACAUCUUCUGGUGAUGGUACAAUUAAGAUCUGGGACUUCUCUAAAGCACAGUGUGUAUUGACAUUCUCUGAUCACACUCAUGCUGUUUGGGGCUGUUCCUGGCAUACUGGGGGUGAUUUCCUGGCAUCUUGCUCCAUGGAUAGUACCUCAAAGAUAUGGGACCUAAACAGCGAACGUUGCCGCCUUACCUUACGUGGACAUGCAGACUCCGUCAACAGCAUUGUGUUUCUCCCUUAYUCCAACACCCUUUUAACAAGCUCAGCCGACAAAACACUAUCGUUAUGGGACGCAAGAACGGGAUUAUGUGCGCAGACAUUCUAUGGACACAUGMACUCCUGUAACCAAGCAACGUUUAAUCUCAAGGGUGACACUGUAGCAUCAUGUGACGCUUACGGCAUUGUGAAAUUAUGGGAUGUGCGCACAGUUGGUUGCAUGGCAACCCAUGACUUAGGCCCAUAUCCCUCUAACCGCGUYGCGUUUGAUCCCAGUGGGACAGUACUUGCCAUAGCGAGUAACGAUGGAUCUGUCAAGAUGAAUGAAGUCGCGACAGGUAACAUUAGUCAGUUGACAGGACAUGAAGAAGCCGUCCAGAGUGUGUUGUUUGAUCGUGGGGGUGAAUUCCUGCUUUCUUCRGGAUCUGAUGGUACUGUUCGUWUAUGGUCUURACCAUUUGUACUAUACGUUUUUAUCGCACCGCGAAGGGUUGAAACUUUUAACUAUURUGAAGCACUUCUCACUGCUUAGUCGUUUAGUGCUUAUGUAAAAAUUAAGGUAAAAUAAACAAGAAAAUAGUACUCACUUCAUAUAUAGCUGCUAUUGUUUAUGUAUACUAUUGCAUUCUUGCCGUCAUAAUAAAAUCGACAAAAC